AUGAUAGAGAAUAUGGCUAAUAUUAAGGAACAAAGACUUUUAGAAUUUAUUUUAUCAGGUCAGGGAAAAUUCCUGUCAUCUCAUUGUGAAAUUAGAAAAUCUAAAGGUAAUCAUCUCGGUAUUUAUGCCAAGCAGGGCAUCGUUAAGGACACCACUUUAUUGCAAAUACCGAAGAGCACCGUCUUUUCGGCAUCAAAUAGUAGUAUUGCCAAUCUGUUGCAGGAUGAAGAAAUAGAUGGACCGUUGGCAUUGACCAUUGCAUUCAUUUACGAGACUACAGUAUUCAGGGAACACAGUCAUUGGUAUUCUUACUUGAGAACAAUCAAAUUCAAGGAUGAGAAUUAUGGAUAUAUAUUACCACCUCCUUACUGGGAUAAUGAAGUCAAAAAGAUUCUUGGAGGCACCACAAUGGAUACGUUAUUUCACUGUUUUGAUAUAGAGGAUGAUAUACACCUGCUUUACGAAGUAGCCGAGGAGCUUGCAUAUACUUGGCACAAAGAUUUUGGUUUAGCAAUCCCUGAAGAAUAUUUUGACUUUAACCCAGACAAUAAAUCCGUAUGUAAAGACGUAAAACACCAGAAAUUUGUUUCCGUAAUGUAUGUUUUAUCAUCCGUAGGAUUUGAAAUUGAUACAUUUCAUGAGACGGGUUUAGUUCCCAUUGCUGAUUUGUUUAAUCAUAAUAUGGUUAACGCAAAUGUAGAUUUUGUAUCUAUCCACGAUGUCUGUGCUUACUGUGGAGAACUAGGAAUGUGUAAACAUAUAAUUGCUGAAGAAGCUGAGGAGGCAAGAGAUAUGGAUGAAUUAGGUGCACAUGCCCGAAAUUUGAAUGCAACGGCGAGAGGAGAUAGUGUCAUUGAUAUAAAACUUUUAGAAGAACUUGAAGAAGAACAAUUUGAAGAUGAAAAUGGAAGUCAAGACUCAUCAGACGACGAAGAUGAAUAUGAUGAAAUUACGGGAAAGAAAAAAGUUGAUCCUGAAGAAUGUGUAGAUGUUGUGACGACUCAAGACAUUAAAACCGACCAAGAAAUAUUUAUUUCUAGUGAAGAGAUUCCCAAUCCAUUAUUAUUGCUAAAAUAUGGGUACACGUUGCUUGAAAACCCAUUCGAUAUCUCCCAUAUGGCAAAUGAGGUUGAUUCAAUGAAUAAAGAGAAGACGCAUAAAGAUCGACUCGAAUGGUGGACUAGAAUUGGUUUGAAAUAUUUUUCCGAUUGGUACAGAAAGAUGAGAAUGACCGAGGAGACUGAAAGUGACUUUGAGGAUGCCAGUGAGAAUGAGGAGCAAGAAGAAGGGCCAGAGAAUGACGAAAAUACUGCAGAGCAAUAUAUGUUUGAACCCUAUUUAACUGCAACAGGCGAACCAUCUUUUAUUCUUCUCGCUAUUCUUAAUUUACUAACCAUGACUGCAACUGAGUGGAAGAAAUUCAUGGACCGCAUCCAAAAAGAAUCAACUCUUGAACGAUGUUUUUUAAGAUUGGAGGCUAGUGUUAUACAUAGUAAUCCAGCAAAAAAGCUUCUACAGCGAUUGAUUACCUGCAAGAUUAAGUCUUUGCCCGAUUCCAAUCUUUUUGAUAGCCUCGAUAUCAGCGAGGACGUACGUCGAAACAUAAAGGUUUUCCUCUCAUCAGAAAAAGAGAUUCUUAAAAGAGCGCUGAAAUUGUUGUAG